UAAACUGAAGUGAAAUCACGAGUUGUGUUUUUCAAUAAACAUCUCGAAGUUUCUAUUUUUCAAAUUUUACUCUUUGUGUCCAAAUAUAUCAUUAGGUUGCAUUAAGCUUCUACAGUCAGUCAUAUUAAUUGCAUAUUGAGUCUUAUAUUUUAAAAAUUCUUUUACAAUGGUUGAUUAUAGCAAAUGGAAGGACAUUGAGAUUUCAGAUGAUGAAGAUGAUACCCAUCCCAACAUUGACACGCCAAGUUUAUUUCGAUGGCGUCAUCAAGCUCGUGUCGAACGUAUGGCUGAGUUUCAGCAUGAAAAAGAUGAAUGUGAUAGACUAUGUUAUGAGUCUGAAAGGAAAAUCAGUGAUUUAAAAGAAAAAAUUAAAUAUGCAGAAAGUAAUAGUGAUAUGAAUAUGGAUGAUCUACAAGCUGAACUUAAAAAACUAGAGGAAGAAGAUAAGAAAUUGCAAAAAAGAAGAGAGGAGCUCAGAAAGAAAGAAAAGUUGAUGCCAUGGAAUGUAGAUACUAUUAGUCAUGAGGGUUUUACUAAAACGGUUCUUAAUAAAGGUGCUCCUCCAAAAAAAGAAGAACUCACAGAAGAAGAAAGAGCUGAAAAACAGGCCAAGUUUAAUAAAGAGAAUGAAAAACUAUUGAAAAAAUUUGGUAUGUUCCAAAAAUAUGAUGAUAGUAAGAGUUUUCUUCGUGAGCAUCCACAUCUAGCAUGUGAAGAAACAGCAAAUUAUUUAGUUCUAUGGUGUAUUCAAUUGGAAGUAGAAGAGAAACACCAACUGAUGGAACAUGUAGCUCAUCAAUGUAUUUGUAUGCAAUUUAUCUUAGAAUUAGCCAAGCAUCUUAAUGUUGAUCCCCGUUCGUGUAUAACAUCAUUCUUUACAAGAAUUCAAAUGGCUGAUGUAGAAUAUAAAGAUGCUUUCAAUGCUGAACUUGAAUCAUUUAAAGAGCGUGUUCGAGAAAGAGCCAAAGCCAGAAUGCAGAAACUCAUUGAAGAAGCUGAAGAAGAAGAAAGGCAAAAAAGAUUAGGACCAGGAGGUCUGGACCCUGUAGAAGUUAUGGAAUCUCUUCCUGAACCUCUGCAGAAAUGCUUUGAAACCAAAGACAUCGAAUUACUGCAGAAAACUAUAGCAUCCAUGCCAGAGGAUGAAGCUCGUUACCACAUACAACGUUGUAUUGAUUCUGGUCUUUGGAUUCCAGAUGCAAAGAAAGCAGAACAGGAAGCAGCAGAAGCAGCAGCAAAAGAAGAGUCUUAGAUAUAGAACAUUUUGAUUAGCUCUGUGUUGUUCUAUUUGGAAAUAAGACAUUUGCUGAAGCAAGUUAUUUCACUUGUUGAUUCUUCCUUUGCUGCAUCAUUUUUAAUAAAUUUUAUCUCACUAUUAGCUGCAGGUCUCGGUCUUUAGAGUAUUUGGAAAACUAAACAAUGAAGAAGUUAACCUGUUGCAUUGUUUUCUAAAACAUACUUGUUUUAAAUGAAUUAGUUAUUAAUAAAAGAACAAAAUAUAUAUUAGAACUAUUUUCAUAUGUUAGCUAUUUUUGUUAUAUAUGACAAAAUAUAAUAAUUUGUUAUAUAUGACAAAAUAAAUAUAUAUUGUUUACAAUUGCAUUAUUUUGCCAUUAGAUAACAUUCAUGAACUGCAUAAUGAAAAUGCCAGUUUGUUUGUUGAAUUUUUUUAUAAAAAUUAUCUGCUAUACACAAUCAUUUUAAAUAAAUAUUUUGUAAAACUAAGCUAUUAUAUAAUUUUUCAUUUAAGUGUUGUAUUUUAAGAAAUGAUAGAGCUUUUGCUCAUUCCCCCCCCCCCCCCCCAAUAUUUCUAAUUAUUUAACCAUUUUUUUUUUUUCUUUUCUUUUCAAUUUGUUUGUUUCAACUCAUGUUUUGUAUUAUGUGUUACAAUUUUUUUCUGUUUGAAAUUAAACCAUUAUACGUUGGUUGUUUUAAGCUUAUUAUUCAGUUUUGUUAUUUUGAAAUGUACCAUUACUUUAUUUUUAAAAAAUGUCCAUGGGAAUUAUUGAUAUUUCUUAAAUGUUAAUUCAUGACCAAUGUCUUGAAAUGAGUCAGGUAGAACACUUUCAUGAACAGUUAAUGUAUUUGAUUAACAUUAGAGCUUUGUUGACAGCAAAAUGAUCUAUGGACUGUAUAAAGUAUCUCUUCAUAUGUUAACAAUGAAAUGUUAAUUUCAUGUUAGCAAUGAAAUAACUGUUUAUUAACAAUGAAUAUUAAAGCAAUAUAAAAUGUAUCACAAUUUCGUCUAGUUUUUUAUUAAAAGAAUGCAAUUAAAAAUAUUUAGAAGCCAUUGAAGUUUUUCUUUACUGUGCUUGUGUCCAUGAAAUUUUUUUAAAUAUUGGCAAUAGUUUUUUUAACUCUUAUAAAUAGUUCUUUUUAGAUAUAAUUACUACUUAGUUGAUUUUUUAUGCUGUUCACAAAUUAUUUUAUUUAUGUGUAUAACUGACAUGGAAGAAUCUUUGUUUCUCUUUCAGACUCAUUCAUUUCUCAGAACUUUAAAUAUUCAUUGUCCAGUUUAUUUGAUUUACUUAAUGUUUUGUUGUGUUAUCUUUUGCUUUUAAAUGCUUUAAUACUGUUUGACCAUCUCUUCAAGUUCCACAUCAGUAGCUUGAGUAAUUUAGCACAUAAUAUUUUUAAUUUUAUCACCUAAUUAUAUUAAAUCAAUAAUUUUGACUCUUCUCUUCAGAUCGAUAUUUUUAGGUGGUUGUAAGUUGAUUAGAGAAUUCCUUAUAUUCUCCAUCUUGUAUAUGAUAAGGAGUGGAAUUAUUCACAAGGCAUUAAGGAAAAGGGUGCCAUAGCUCAGUGUAAAAUAUGGAUAUUUACAUUUAUUAUACCUUACCUUGUAAUUAUUGAUGAGCUGUAGAUGUUUGAUUUAUGCGUAAUUGAUUUAACUGUAUGUAUCUGCAGUGGUAUAACAUACUGUUAAAAAUCAUUUACUUUCUGCCAAUCUGACUAUAGUUACCAAUUUUUUCAAGCAUUUAAUAGAAACUAUAUGCAAGUUAUUUUUUAUAUAUACUAACUGCCAUUGAUGUCCAGGCUGGUUUACCUGGAAUAUUUGUUGUAUUAAAUUUUGAUUAAAUCUCUUUUCCAUAA